AUCUAUAUAUCUAGUUUACCUGUUUAAAGGCAGUUGUAACAACUACACCCAAUAUUCAAACUGAACCAGAUACAUUUAUGUUUCUAUCAUCAUGUGAUUGUAUAAUAAAGUGAAAUUAUCCUUUUUGUAAGAAAUCAGUGAAAUAUCAUGAAUUGUUGAAAUCAAGAAUAGAAAUAAAAACCGUGAAAGAUGGGUUGGAUAAAGAUUGUUUUAUUCUUGACUUUAUUUUUCACUCCGAUUCUUCUGGAAAAUGUCGACCUCAAGUUUUGUGUCCUCUCUGAGGCCGAGAUGGCCAAGUGCCAGGCCAUGGCCGAGGCCACGCUGGGCGAUCAGGAGAACAACGACAACAGCUUCGGGUCAUACUUCCACAGAAUAAAGUGCACCAUGCCUUACUUCAGCCCUGAAGAUUGUAUGAGAGAUAUGGCCAGGGAAGAUCCCACUACUCCUAACGUAAUUGUCGUCGAUGCCGGGGAUGUUUUCGUCGGCGGCCGAUAUCAUUCUCUAGUUCCGAUCCUUCGUGAGGUUUAUUUGGAUGAUAAGGAUUAUUAUCAUGCUGUUGCUGUGAUUAAGAAGGGUAGUUUGCCCGAUGUAAGUACACUAGAAGAUCUACGUGGAAAACAUGCUUGUUUUGCUGGAGUAGGUACACAGGCAGGUUGGACUAUACCUGUAUAUAAACUUAUAAAUGACGGUAUAAUGCCUGUUGUGGACUGUAACAACCACGUCAAAUCAACCGCAGAGUUCUUCGGAACUUCCUGUGCCGUGAACACACUUCAGGAUCGGUAUAAUCCACUCGGAGAUAACUCUAACUCUCUAUGUGAAUAUUGUGGGAGUGAUGAGCCUGGGAUCCGGUGUACUAUCAAGGAUCCGUACUCCGGGUUCCGCGGAGCUAUCAUGUGUUUGAAGGAGAAGGGAGAUAUUGCUUUUGUGAAGCAUAGUACGGUUCAAGAGAAUGGUUGGGAUGAGAAUGAGUUUGAACUCCUCUGUGUUGAUGGAAGCAGAGCUCCUCUGGCCAAUUUCGAGGCAUGUAGUUGGGGCGUAGCUCCAGGGCAUUUUGUGCUAGUUUCCUCCGCCCUGGAUCUCAAUGAGAGGCGGAGCAUUCAGAGGUUUCUUGUCCGCCUUGUGGACAAGUACAGGGGCGUGGUCACCAAUAAAACAAUUGCCCUGGGAACCAUUACGGCGGACGAUGUGGAGAUAAGAACUAAAACCAAUGAACUCGCAAUUUUGAACGAGGUAUUUGAGGAGAUAAAAGAUGAAAACGAGGUUGGGACGGAUAAAGUUUCUCUAGAUGAUCCGUCCUACUCUAAGGAUCCAUCCUUCUCUUCUUUCUCCGUCAAGAAUUAUAAGAGAUACGGAAAUGUUCCCAAUCUUAUUUUCCAGGACGCGAUCACGAGCUUGAAGAUUAUCCCAACCGAGGAUCAAAUAUACAAGGUUGUCCUCAGCAAGAAAUAUGGAGGUUCAGAACUAUCAGCUGAUGACGCAAUUAGAGGUGUACGCAAAUGUGAAAUUCCACAGAUGCGUUUUUGCGUUACUAGUGAACCUGAGUAUAAGAAGUGUCAAAGAAUGAGAUUAGCCCUGAGUGCUCAACUGAUAAAACCCAGACUGAAUUGUGUACCAGCUGCCCCUCCUUUCUCCCACCGGAAGUGUAUGGAGAUGAUUAAGAACAAGUUGGCAGACGUCGCCAUGUUUGAGGCGGGGGAUAUAUACCGAGCAGGGAGGAUGUUUGGUCUUAUACCUAUAAUGGCGGAGGUCUACAACCUGGGAACGCCCGAGUACUAUGCAGUGGGCGUGGUCAAAAUCCGAGAUAACAGCAGCGAGCUUAUUUAUCUGAAGAAACAAAACAGUUGCCAUACAGGAUUAGGUCAAGCUGCAGGUUGGGUUAUACCGAUGUCCUGGCUUAUUUCUAACGAACGUGUUCGAGACUAUGGUUGUGAUUCAGUUAGAGCCGCAGGAGAAUAUUUUAGUAAGUCGUGUGCCCCUGGUGUCCGGAGUCCUGAGUUUGUAUCAGACCGUGUAUAUUCCUGGGAUAAUUACUGGCACUACGGUCACAUGUGUGAUCUGUGCCACGGGACUGCAGGGCAUUACUGUGAUAGGACACAUAUGGAGGAUUAUUACGGGCAUACGGGGGCGUUCCGUUGUCUGGUGGAGGGUGGCGGGGACGUUGCCUUCGUGAAGCACACUACCGUCAUGGAGAACUGUGAUGGCAAAAGGAAGGAGUGGUGGGCCAGGAAUCAGCUGACUGCGGAUUUCCAACUUUUAUGCAGGGAUGGAACUAGAAAGAAGGCUACUGAGUAUAGAGACUGUUUUCUUGGCAAAGUUAAAGGAAACGCUCUAGUCACAAAUCCAACCUUUUCAAGGAAGUAUAUCGAGACGUUCAUCAACCUAUUCAAAUACUCCCAGCAGUUCUACGGGCAAAAGGUGUUUAACGAGUUCUCCUUCUCCAUGUUCUACUCGGAACCUCCAUACGCAGAUCUCAUAUUUCAGGACGCUACGCAGAAAAUCAUCAUUCUUGACGAAGAGGACCACGAUUAUCAGCAUUAUCUCGGACAGGAGUUUGUCAAAGCUAUUGAGAGCGUAGAAUGUUUCCGAUCAAAAUCGUCGACGAUUCAUCUCUCCGCAGCAUUGUUAACGAUAAGUUUAAUACUCCUCUUCUAACCCCCUCCUGCAGUCAAGAACCAGUGAACAAACUCAAAAUAAAAAUGCUCCACAGCUCAACGCGGCAUUCAGACAACUAAGUUUAAACAUUUGAAAUAACUGAAAAACAAAUCUUAUGAUAAACUAUGAAUUGUUCUAGACAUAAUUUUUGAAAAGCCCUCAAUCGAUGUUAAACGAUCUGUGAUUUUAAGUGACCCUUCAGGCAAAGAUUUUAAUGCCUAAUUCACAAUGGUACCCUUCAAACCUAAAUCUGAUCAAAAACGUCGAUGAAACCCGUAUUCCUGACUCGAAAAAUUAGAGUAAUUUCUCAAUUGCUUUUGAAAAACUAGAAGUGUUGAGUCGCUUUCGGAAAGAAACAUUUCAAGUACCAAAAGUCAGAACCAUCGAUGUCUAAUUCAUACUUGAUCAUCUGAACCUUUAAGGGUAACGCUGUCAAUCAGGCAUUGUCAUCUUUAUAUUUAGGGUCACUUCAAGUUACGCUUUGAAGUGUCGUUAAGAUGAUAUUACUGAUUUAUGUAUAUAUAAUGAAACACUAGACGCACACCAGUACAAGAUAUUAUUUUUCUAUUUUUAUAUGAAAUAAAACAAUGUAAAUUAA